AUGAAAUUUUUUGGAACAAAGCCCACCAAACGUGAUUUUAAGAGCCGAUUGCAAAAUAGCCCCCCAUCGAACCAAAGCAAUGAGAUACCAGUACCGGGUCGAGAUACGAAGAGCGAACAGGAACCAUUAGCGUCUCCGGCGUACGAGGACGUUCCAAUAUGGAACAUUUUGCCUUCGUACCAACUUUAUCAAUCGACAUUCUCGAAGAACAUUCGUCCUUCGAACGAGGACUUGAGAUUUGCUCCCCCUAAUUAUGAUGAAGAUUCAACGGUGACUCCUACCGGAAGUAUCGAUUCGGGCACUGGAAGCUACUUUCCUAGUAUGGCAGAUUCUCCAGGGACGACUCAUUCUGCACCAACGGCUGCUCAGUCGUAUCCGUUGAACCCUGUAAAUGAAUCACCAACGAGAUGGGAGGAUAGUCUUUUGGGAAAUACGCAUAAGUUGAAGAAAAUUGCAGACAUCAACAGUGGUGUUGCUAAUCGAGUAAAAAUUGAAAUUCAAAUCACAGAAAAAGCGUGCAAGAGAGGUGUACGACCCACCAUCAUCGACCCUCUGGCUAUAGAGUAUCAGCCUGGAGAUUCUAUAAAUGGAUUUGUCACCAUCAGUAACAAACAUCAUCUCCCCAUUCUGUUUGAUAUGUUUUCUGUUGUUUUCGAAGGUAAGAUUUCGGUUACAAGUGAUACUGAUUCAAAGAAGUCGCUUAUUUUCUACAAGUUUCUCAAUAUGUUUGAUUACAGUGCCUCUUGGACUCCUGCAGAUUUGAAUGAUGAGAUAUUCGAAGCUGAUCUGUAUGAUCCUCUUGAUAAUGCAUGCAUGAGGUUUCCAAUGGAGAAAUAUUUCGAGCCUGGUGUCACUUACAAGAAAUUUUUUAAUUUCCGUGUUCCUGAUAAGUUAUUAGAUGUUGCCUGUGAAUUUCAUAAUUUACCUCGACAUUGCGAGAUGUUACCUACGUUGGGAUUAGCUAAAGAUCAAUUUUUAAAGAACUUGAGGAAAUUUCGUCAAGGACCCUCGACCAAGUCAGAAUUUACAAUUGGUGGUACGGCCCCAGUUUUGAAUCAACCUAGAAAGCCUGGUUUGAAUGGGGUAUUAGAUAAACGAUUAAAGGAUUUGUCCUUCCCAGAUACUUCUGUCAGUUAUAGUAUAGAAGCCAGGGUUAUCGCAAAAGAAUCUGAUUAUAUCCUGAUCAUUCCAAGUCAUUUGAUCAAACCGGGAAAAGAUGAAUUUUUGAUUGUUAAUGAAACUAGUAGUUUUAUUAGAGUUAUACCCAAAGAACGGUUAUCUAAAGCUUUUGACAGUGAGUUAAUUGAAAAUGAAUCAAAGAUUAUAUAUAAUAACCUAGUUGAAAGGGUAACCCAGAAAAUUGACUUGGGUAAGGACCUAUUGGAUGAGAAGCGUACAAUUCAUAAUAAUGAAAAUACUUAUGAAAUUACAAGGGUACCAUCUAUUUCUAAAAGACGACAAUUAUAUAAUGAUGGGAAUAACAGUAACCUGGCUAGAAAUAAGUUGUUGAGAAAAGGAAAAAAUGCAAAGUAUGAAUUAUUUGUACCUUAUAAGAAGAAGUCAUUGACUGCUGCUCCAAAAGUUGUUGGGAUUAUUGGUAUGACCACAAUUAAAAUGGACUACAAAGUGAAAUACGUACCCCCUUACAAAUAUAAAGCUUUGCAUCCCCAUCCACUUAAUGGUGAAUUAUCAACGAAGCUUGAUAUUCCUUUAGAGUUUGUUUUCUCAUCUAACGAAAGUUCUAAAACAUCUAAACCCCCAGAUGUUAAAUCCAUAACCGCCGAAUUGAUAGUGUUUACAUACAGAUCAAAGAAAUAUCCAAUUCCUGUUGAAAUAUUUAGUGAUUUGAUGUUCAAGAAUAAACCGGGAGACGCUGACAAUAUAGAAAACUAUGUCAUUAAGCCAUUCCAGAAAUACCUAGAAGAAAUCACUGAUUUGUCUAGAAAGUUGAAUUGCGAUGUCUUGAAUAUUGACAAUCAAUUAAUUAUGGACAUAAAAAGUUUAGCUAAUUUAUCUACAAAAUACAACUGCUUACGAGUUGACGAAUCUAAGGUGACCUCAAAUCAUGCCACAUCCCCAUGGACUUUUGUUUCUUCACGGGAGUCAACAUCUUCCGCCGACCAGGAAGUUUAUUCAAAGAAGGUCAAACUUCAGAUUGAUUUGAAAAAUGUCUUUUCGAAAGAUAAUACGGGAUCUCACGAUGAUCUUGGUGUUGAUGCCUAUUGUCUUGUUCCAAACUUCCAGAGUUGUAUUAUAGGUAGAGCGUAUUAUUUGAGGCUUCACAUCAAAUUGCAAAAUAAUGAUCUGAUGUACUUUAGAAUUCCUAUUACAAUUCAAUUAUGA